ACACUAUACUUUAAAAUCCUUUCUGUUUGCUCGGUAAAUCAAGGCUAAUGCACCGUUUGUCAGUGAAGCAAAUCAAGGGGUCUGUUUUUUUUGUUGUUGUUUUAAAUGUAGUUCAGUGGUUUGUUGUUGAGUUCUUGCAUUUAUUGUCCUGUUUCUUCUUAUUUCACCUAAAACUCUAUCAGAAAUUGAGUCGGCUUAUAAAUAACCUCAAACCAUUCAGGAAUUGAGAGCUUUUUAAUAAAUAAACAAAAUAUAAUCAUAGAAAGGUUCUGAAAUAAUCAUGUAUUAAGGGGUCCAUUAAAGGGGUAUGUUCUUACAAAGAGCUUGAGAACACUUUACUUAAUAUGUGUAAAUAUUAGUAAGGUAUAGUGGACCACGGAUGACCCCAUAACACCAUUGCUGUUCUACCUGGACAGCCUUUUUUUUUGCUUUGCAGUUUUCUCUAAGCUUUUUAUAAGAAGAGCUAUCAGACAAAUUACAAUGUGCUGUUUUCUAUGUGUCUAUGCAAAUGACAAACAAAAGACUUUGGCAGAUCCUUGGAACGGGGGCUGAGUACGAAAAAACCACAGUGGUGCAUGAGAGAAGUGGAAAAAAAGAGAGAACAGUUUACAAUUGAAUAUGAAGCCUCUUUUUUAAAGUUUCAGGCCCUUUAUUUCCAUGGUAAAGUCUGAGAUGUGAUGGCAGGGAAAAAUCUCUAAGUCUUUUUCACUAAGGAACGUUUUCGGAGAGUCGACUAGAGUUGUAAUCUGACUCCAUGUGUCAGUUGACGAUCUCUGCCUCAUGUGCGCCUCUCCUGGCAGGGCACACAUGUAACUGCCCCUCCUCUCUUCGUUCUCAUUGGCCGCUAAAUCCUUCUACAUGAGUUUCCUGUUUCUUCACUGUGCUCCUCCUGGCUCUUGUUAGCUGCUCUUUGUGCAGGCCAUCUGCGUUCUUCCUCAGGCACGUCUAGACGUUUUCUCUCUUUCUCAUGCUGAACCGUUGCUCUCUCAGCCGCCUGACCCUAACAAACCGUUGCCUUCGGUUUUCUAGCUACAGAAUUUUGAAAUGUUCCCUUCAGCCAACACAUCAGCGCUUCCAUCAACUCGUGGCUCCAGAGGCCAACGGCGUGCUACAGCUUCAGCGGGGGCACAGAACCACCUGCGUUCUCAGCAUAUAGGUACAGAACAGCUGGAGCAGCUGCUGGAGAAACCAGAAUUGGUGGUGGUGGAACAGCCCAAGGAACGUGGCAUGAGGUUCCGCUAUGAGUGUGAGGGCCGAUCGGCUGGCAGCAUCCUGGGAGCCUCAAGCACUGACGUAAAGAAGACGCUACCUGCCAUUGAGCUUCAAGGCCCAAUUGAAAGAAUAAAAAAUGUGACAGUCACAGUGUCGCUUGUGACAAAGGAUCUCCCUCAUCGCCCACACCCGCACUGCUUGGUUGGAAAAGACUGUUCAGAUGGUAUUUGUGUGAUCAGCUUCAACCCCCACAACACACGGCGCCACAGUUUUGUGAAUUUAGGUAUCCAGUGUGUUCGGAGGAAGGAAUUAGAUACUUCCCUGUUGAAGAGGAAGAAGAAAAACAUCGAUCCAUUCAGCACUGGCCACUCGAAGAGUAUUGAGGACAUAGACAUGAAUGUUGUUAGGUUAUGCUUCCAGUGUGAGCUGGAGAAAGAAGACGGGGACAGGAUCCAUCUCUACCCUGUGGUCUCUAACCCCAUUUACGACAAAAAAGCUACCACAACUGCAGAGCUGAAAAUCAACAGGCUGAACAUUGUGCAAGGUCCCUGUACAGGCAAGACCGAGAUCUACAUGCUCUGUGACAAAGUGCAAAAAGAUGACAUCGAGAUCAUCUUCGGUUUCGGAAACUGGGAGGCCAAGGCCGAGUUUGCGCAGACCGAUGUCCAUCGGCAGAUAGCCAUCGUCUUCAAGUCGCCACCGUAUCAGGAGCAGGAUAUCACUGACGCAGUUGAGGUCAACGUGUCUCUCCGUCGCAUUUCAGACCGCAUGUACAGUGAGCCAGUGAAGUUCACCUACCUGCCUUACAAUCCAGAUCCAUAUGAGGUCAAGAGGAAGCGCAAACUAAAAUCCGACAAGUUCAGCGAGGACUGUGCUGUCGGCGCAGAUACGAUGAUUAGCACACCAGGUCCAGCACAGCAGUUUGACACGUUCUGUGUUGAAGGAUCUGACUGCGGGAUUCCGGCCCAGGAGGAAACCCAGGCCACGUUCCCUGGGGUCAUGGAUGAGAUUCACUAUGCAGAAAGUGAUCUCCGUUCAGACGACCCGUGUGUCAACCUGGACCCAGAGACAGUUACCAACCUGCUGUACAGCAUUAAUGAGUGCCUGGGAACCCCGAACUUUCUCCAGCUGUUGAACAGCCAAGAUAUCAAUUCCAUCGUUACAGAUACAAACCUGAAUCACCCGGAAGCUGGUCAGCCUCCGAUUUCUUUCCUCGUUGACUCAUUUUACAGCCCAGACCUUCCACAGGACUUGCAGGACAUUUUCUUACGUCAGGUCAAAACUGAAGAUGACUCAUGAAGGCCUCAGUAGAUGCUUGUAAUAGUAGAGAAGUAGAGAGAUGAUCUUGCUUUCAUUAGUGGAAAAUAAGGAUUGGAGUCUGUACUCCUGAAGUGUGCAUGUAGGUUUAGGUUCACACUGGAUGCCAUGUGCUUGUCCUAGAGGGCUCUCAGAAUGACCAUUGAACCAUUUGGAAUUCGAGGACAAGUCUGAAAAUGUGCUAUGUGAGAGAGCACUGUAAAAUGCCGACUCAGACCUUUGGAGUGUUUGUGUAGUGUCUAGUGAGCAUAUGACCUUUAAGUACUCUAGCCCAAAAUAAAAGAUGCUGUUUGAAUGCUUUUUUAGGUGUAAUUGUCAAAUAGGCCGUUAGUGGAUUACACAAGCUUCGUAUUAUUAACCUGUCUAGAUCACCAGAACACAACCAUCAUCUGUAUAUACUCACAAAUUAUCAUGUCUAAAAAAACAAAAACAAAAACCAAACAACAGUGGGCCUGUUUUUGGACUAAUAUGUGUCCAUGUCUUUUGCUUGGAAGAAUAUCAAGUAAUAGCAUUAAAUGGGAUAACGAUAUUCAUUUUAAGGUGGACAUUCUGUGAAAUGAAUACAAAAAAAAUGUUUGUAAAUUUUGUAAACAAAAAACGUAUUGAAUGACGUAGCAGAUUGGGAACAGAAGGAUUCAUUCGUAUGCCUCUAUAUACAUAAUUCUGCUUGCAAGUAUAUUUUAAUGUAAAUAAUGCUUCUGGUUGGAAAAUAUUCUCUGUGUGUCUUGUAUUAAAGGCUUGGUUUAGAUCCUU